GUAGUUCGAUCGUCAGUUGACAAUCUACCAAGUCACAAGCACACCACACAUACCAACGAUGACCGGUUUCGCUGCGUUCGAGGCCAAAAUGCUUGCUGAAGGCCUUAGCCAAGCCGCCAUCAAGGCGUUCGAGUACUCGUACAGCGCGUUGCAAAGCGGCGCCACGGGCAUGAUUGGCGAAUCCACAAUCGAGAGCGUGAACGAUAUCGACUACCUCGAAGGCCGAGCGGGAUCCAUCCGCGAAAGCAUCAAACCCGAUGUCAGCUUGCUCAAGAAGACUGUGGUCCUCAAGCUCAACGGUGGUUUGGGCACGAGCAUGGGGUUGGACAAAGUCAAGAGUUUGCUGACGAUCAAGGGCAGCGACACGUUUUUGGACUUGACCGCCAAGCAAAUCAUCGAAAUGCGCAAGAACUACAACUCGAACGUGCGCUUCAUCUUGAUGAACAGCUUCAGCACAAGCGACGACACGUUGGAGUACUUGCAAAAGUACCCCGAAAUUGUCAGCGACGUGGACCUUGAACUGUUGCAAAACAAGAUCCCCAAGAUCGACGCCAAGACACUGCAACCGGCGGAAUGGCCGUUGAACGCGUCCAAGGAAUGGUGUCCUCCUGGCCAUGGCGACUUGUAUCCUUCGUUGUUGGGCUCGGGCAAAUUGGACAAGCUGCUUGCCCAAGGCUAUAAGUACAUGUUCAUUUCCAACUCGGACAACUUGGGCGCGACGUUGGAUUUGGAGCUUUUGACGUACUUUGCGCAGACCGACAAGCCAUUUUUGAUGGAAUGCUGCGAACGCACGGAAAACGACAAGAAGGGCGGCCACUUGGCGCGCCGCUUGGCCGACCAGCGCCUCAUCUUGCGCGAAUCCGCGCAAUGCGAGUCGAGCGACGAAGCUCAAUUCCAGAACAUUGACAAGCAUCGGUACUUCAACACGAACAACUUGUGGAUCCGCUUGGACAAGUUGUCGGAAGAGUUGAAGAAGCAAGGCGGGUUGAUCAAGCUGCCCAUGAUCAAGAACGCCAAGACGGUCGACCCCAAGGACGCGUCGUCGACCCCGGUGUACCAACUGGAAACGGCCAUGGGUGCCGCCAUCGAAUGCUUUGCCGGUGCCGGUGCCGUGUGUGUGCCCCGCACGCGCUUUGCGCCCGUCAAGAAGUGUGACGACUUGUUGCUUCUUCGCUCAGAUGCGUACGUCGUGACCGACGAUUUCCGCCUCGUGCUGGCGCCGCAAACCGAAGGCCGCGCCACAACCGUGUCGUUGGACUCGAAGCAGUACAAGUUGGUCCAGCAACUCGAAGCCGCGUUGCGCGGCAACGUGCCAUCGCUCGUCAACUGCUCGCGGUUGACCAUCAAGGGCAACGUCGGAUUCGCCGCGGAGGUCGUGUUUGAAGGCGACGUGACGAUUGUGAACAACGCGAAGGAGCAGAAGACGAUCUUGUCGGGUCGGUAUGCCAACCAAACGAUCGACUUGACCAACCAAGUGGGUUUGGGCAAAUUGGCCGUCUCGGCCGUGGCCACGACCCCCAUCGACGGCCAAAAGCCUGGCACCUCUGGGCUUCGCAAGAAGACCAAAGUGUUCAUGCAGCCCAACUACCUCAACAACUUUGUCCAGGCCACGUUCGACGCGCUGCCGGCCAAGGACCUGCUGCAAGGCACGCUGGUUGUGUCCGGCGACGGCCGUUUCUACAACAAAGAGGCCAUCCAAACCAUCAUCAAGAUGGCGGUGGCGUCGGGCGUCGAUCGCAUCUGGAUCGGCCAGAACGGACUCUUGUCGACGCCCGCCGUGUCGGCCGUGAUCCGCGAGCGUGAAGGCGGAGCCGUCGCGUUUGGCGCGUUCAUCUUGACGGCGAGCCACAACCCCGGCGGCAUUGACGAGGAUUUCGGCAUCAAGUACAACUGCGAAAAUGGCGGCCCGGCCCCGGAAAAGCUCACGGACGAAAUUUUCCACAACACCAAGAUCGUCUCGUCGUACAAGAUUGCGGCGGCGUUCCCGGAUGUGGACGUGUCGGUGGUGGGCAAGACAGCCGUCAAGUCGGACGACGGCAGCCGCACCGUGGUGGUCGAAGUGUUUGACGCGGCCGAAGACCACGUGCAUUUGCUCAAGUCGAUUUUUGACUUUGGCGCGAUCAAGGCACUUCUAGCCCGCGACGACUUCAGCUUUGUGUACGACUGCAUGAGCGGCGUCCAGGGCCCGUACGCCCACCGCGUGUUUGUGGACGAACUGGGCGCGUCCCCCGCGAGCCUCAUCAACGCGACCCCGCUCGAAGACUUUGGCGGACAUCAUGCCGACCCCAACUUGACCUACGCGCACGAACUCACGCACCUCCUGGGCGUCGAUGCCAAGGGCGUGGCUGUCUACGGACAAGCGAAGGAAGUACCGGCGUUUGGCGCUGCGUGCGACGGCGACGCGGACCGCAACAUGAUCCUCGGCUCGCGCUUCUUUGUGACCCCGUCUGACUCGUUGGCUGUGAUUGCCGCGAAUGCUAACGUGAUCCCGUUCUUCCGCAAGAAGGGCGGGCUUCGCGGCGUGGCGCGGUCGAUGCCGACGUCUGGCGCCGUGGAUUUGGUCGCGGCCAAGUUGGGCAUUUCGUUGUUUGAAGUGCCGACGGGGUGGAAGUUCUUUGGCAACUUGAUGGACUCCAAGGCCGUGUACAACAAGGAGGACUACACGCCGUUCAUCUGCGGCGAAGAGUCGUUCGGGACGGGCUCCAACCACAUCCGUGAAAAGGAUGGCAUGUGGGCGGUGCUGGCGUGGCUGUCGAUCAUCGCGUCCAAGAACGCGACGCCCGGCGCGCCCCUCGUGUCAGUCCAGAACAUCGUCGAGAACCACUGGGCCACGUAUGGUCGCAACUACUACUGCCGCUACGACUAUGAAGGCGUCGAGAAGGCCGGCGCCGACAAGAUGGUGGCUGCCAUGGCGUCGUCGCCGUCGCUGGCCGGCCAAACGUUCCACGGGUUCACGGUCAAGGUCAACGACGAGUUUACGUACAACGACCCUGUGGACGGCAGCGUGUCGGCUCACCAAGGCGUCCGAUACAUCUUCACGGACGGAUCCCGCGUGAUCUUCCGGUUGAGUGGCACGGGCGUGGCCGGCGCCACCAUCCGCAUGUACGUGGAAAAGUAUGAAGCGGCGUCGGGCAACUUGUCGCAGUCGGCGGCCGACGCCCUCAAGACGCUGAUCCAAGUCGGGCUCGAGCUGUCCCAGUUGGAGCACUUUACCGGUCGCAAGGAACCCACGGUGAUCACUUAACUGUAAACACCACCAAUUAAUAUGAAGACGUACUAACGAGUACUUCUAAGCGUACUCUCCAAUCCAACUAACGUUGUGACUGCACAUGAUUAUUAUAAUUAGUCCACGUUCGAAGUGGUCGGUGCUUCAAACUCGUCGUGGUUGUAUCGGUCGCCGUCCCCAUCAACGGACGACGAAGAUCGAGUGGCGUCGUCGUCAUCGAUGAUGUUGUCACAUGUGUCGUCUUCAUCGAG